AUGCUGGCCAUCAAGAAGAUGUCAGGCGACGGCAACUGCCUCUUCCACGCGCUCGGAGAGAACACCGGCGAGAGCGGGGCAUGCCUCCGAGCCCUAAUCAUCCAGUACCUCAGAGAGAACGCAGAAGCCGAAGAAGACGAAGAGCAAGUGCAGGCCUGGCUACAGGAAAGCCAAUACCUCCAAAGCGAUCCGGGUCACUGGGGCGGCGACACGGCCAUCAUCGCUUUCACCCGCAUCCGCCGGGAGGGUCCAGAGCUACUGACAAUCCAAAGGGGCAAACGGCCAGCAAGGGAGUGUGACAGCCAUCCGCCCCCUUUCCACCAAGCUCCACCCAGAUUGCCACCAGCUGACAAUCUGAAGCCCUGA